CGGUAGAUACCACCGCCCUAUUUCUUUCUCUUCACUCACCGACUCGGUCCUUGGAACCCUAACCCUAAAUAUAAAACCCUCUGCCAAAAACUCCAGGUUUUGCAACUGAGAGAGGAGAGAGAGAGGGAGGCGAUGGUGUCGCUGAAGCUCCAGAAGCGGCUCGCCGCUAGCGUCCUCAAGUGCGGCAGAGGGAAGGUCUGGCUCGAUCCCAAUGAGGUCAACGAAAUCUCCAUGGCUAACUCCAGGCAAAACAUAAGGAAACUGGUGAAGGAUGGUUUUGUCAUAAGGAAGCCAACAAAGAUUCAUUCACGAUCUCGUGCCCGCAGAAUGAAUGAGGCUAAGAGAAAGGGACGACACUCUGGAUAUGGUAAGCGCAAGGGUACUAGGGAGGCAAGAUUGCCAACAAAAAUUCUUUGGAUGAGGAGAAUGCGUGUGCUGAGGCGCUUGCUCCGCAAGUACAGGGAAUCAAAAAAGAUUGAUAAGCACAUGUACCAUGACAUGUACAUGAAAGUUAAAGGUAAUGUCUUCAAGAACAAGCGGGUGCUGAUGGAGAGUAUUCACAAGACAAAAGCUGAGAAGGCUAGAGAAAAGACAUUAUCUGACCAGUUUGAGGCGAAGCGUGCUAAGAAUAAAGCAAGCAGAGAAAGAAAGAUAGCUCGGAGGGACGAGCGUUUGGCUCAGGGACCUGUGGAGAGAGUACCUGCAGCCGCAGCUAUACCUGCACCUCAAUCUGCAGGGGGAGCUAAGAAAUCCAAGAAGUGAGCUGAGACACCUCCAUGAUUAAAACUGAAGGGUUGAUAAAAGAUGUGUUUACAGAGCUGUUUGUUACACUUUCGUGGCACAUUUUCUUUAUUACAAAGUACUGAAUCUCGAAACUCUGUAAGAUGUAGUUUCUUUAGUUAUUUGUUGAGUAGUAUGUGUUUGUGAUUUGUGAUGAGUUAUUGAAUCAUCCAUAUGCUACUUGGAGUCAUGGGAUGAGCCUGUUUUUUGACAAUUAGAUGGAUGGAUGGAAGUUAAAUUUUGAUUUCUAGAUUGUUGGUUUUCGUUCUAUACAUGAGGAUACCUUUUCUAA